AUGCUGGCGAACCCUGCGUCGCAGCACCCGGAGAUGUUCGGCUUACAACCCCAGCACUCGCACUUGAACAAUCAACAACACCACGGCCAGCAUAACAGCCACAGCAACCAUGCAUCCAUAUCGCCCUUCGCAACCCAGCUACUACAUCAGCAACAACAGCAGUAUACUCGUAAGCGCAAGGCGGACACGCCACCUGAAAACAAUGAACGCCUUUCCAAACGGAUGAGCCGGCUCCAUCUGGACCCGACAAACCACAAAAUCUACGUCCCGGUUGAGAAUUUGGACCCCACCGCUCCCGCCGCCGCCACUGCCGCCCCCAGCAACGUCACCACCAACGCCAAUAGCAGCGCUCCAUCCACAAGCAUCACCAACGAUGCUGUCGCCAAAUCAACUGCCGGCAAACACCAUUCCAAGACCGCCACCACUCGCAGCAACCUAGUUGAUGACCAGAUGCACCUCGACGACACCAAGUACAAAGUCUAUAUCUACAAUCUCGAGGAAGAACUAGCCUCUGAUACCGAGUCCGAAUCCGACAACAGUGCCAAUGGCGAGAAGCUCUUCCUCUCUGAGGAUAUGCAAAAGCAGCUCCGUCAGGCCGCCCAAGCCGUUGCUGCCGCCAAUCGCAUCCCGCCAUCUGUGACCCCGCGGCGCGAGCCCGAGAGUGCGGGCAAGGAGUUGGUGCUGUAUCGUGUGCCCAGCUCGCUGACAGUGCCACAGGAGCAGGAUAGUGUGAGGAGGGCGAUCGCAGAGGCCAGGGCGCGCCUGAGGGAGAAGCAGAAGGAGAAGGAGAAACCGAAGAAGGAAGAAGAGGUGGUUGAGGAGGUGGUUAUCUCGAAAGUGGGCAAUCUGGGGGCCGGUGCAGGGAAGACAAGCGUCUCUCAGCCAAUGGAGGUUUCCAUGAGCGAUAUGAGUGAUAUUGUUGAAGAUGAUGAUGAUGCUAUGGAGCUUGACUGA